AUGCGCUGCGCAUCAUCCAGCGCUCGCACUCUCUCACUUCAGCACUCGCGUUUCUCAAGAGCGCGUCUUCUGUCCUUCUCCGCUCACCCGGACGCGUCAUUGAACGCCAGCAUCAUUCUAGGUAGAGCGAGACGUACAGAGGCAAGAGGAGGAGAGGAAUACGAACACUUCGCGUAGAUAGAAGCCCGAGACAAGGUCGACUGAGUCUUACGAUCCGUUUUGCGUGUCUCGCGCUCGGACGCUCCAGACGCGGGCGCGUGUGUUUUGCGCUGUCUCCACGCGUCGGAUUCCAGGGGGUCUUAAAUCUGGAGGCGAGGACCCGGGGAUGAGCCUGCUGUCGAGGGGCUUCGGCAUGUCGGGCUGGGGGCUCAGUUGGGUUCUGAUGCUGCUCGCGCUCUGGAGGCCCGGUACCGCUUGUCCGGAGCCCUGCACGUGCACGGGCGUUCGGAUCUCGUGCGUGGAUGCGGAGCGCAGUAUUGUGGCUUUUCCAAUGCUGCAGUCCGAGGCAGAGAUGGAGAAUAUCACAGACAUAUACAUUUCAAAUCAAAGCAGUUUCACAUCCAUUAAUGAAAAAGAUCUCAACUUAUACCGCAGCCUCAGAAACUUAACUGUAACAAACACACGGCUCACAUAUAUUUCGAGGCAGGCCUUUCAGAGCAACCUGAAACUACAAUAUCUGAAUCUCAAAGAGAACAAUCUGUCGUAUCUAUCCUGGAGGACGUUUCAUCACUUAAACAUUUCAUACCUGUUGCUGGCAGGCAAUCCUUUGCAGUGCUCAUGUGAAAACGUGUGGUUGAAGCAGUGGAGAGGAGAGGAGGCUGAGGAGCUGCUGUGUGUGGAGGAGGGAGGAAAGAGGAGGGCUCUGUCUAUGCUCACACUGCCUAACUGUGUUCUCCCCACUGUGACUCUCACUCCCACUAAAGUUACCAUGAAGAAAGGGUUAAAUGUGACGCUGAUGUGCAACACCUCAGGAACGCCCACGCCUAGUCUCAACUGGAACACCUGCAAAUUAAAUUCAGCGUAUGAGCAAGAACGCUCAGGUCAGAUGUCAGAGCUCAAGCUCUUGAAUGUCUCUUCACUGGACAACGGAUGCAAAAUCACCUGCAGAUCUGAUAACAUGGUGGGAGAGUCUGAGGCGUCUGUGCAUCUGGACAUACUGUUUGCACCUGUAAUCAGCAAGCUGAUGGAUGCUAUCUCAGACCACCAUUGGUGCAUUCCCUUCAGCGUGUCGGGCAACCCAGAGCCUAAACUGAGCUGGUUAUUAAACGACAAACCCGUGGAAGAGGGCAACUUUAUCCAUACCAUGAUCCACGAUUAUUCAGAGGGUGAAUACCACGGUUGCUUACAGCUGGACAGUCCCACACACAUUAACAAUGGAAAGUACACGCUGCUGGCCAGUAAUGCAUACGGAGAGGACAGCAAGGCAGUAUUCGCUCAUUUCAUGCAUGAGCCGUGGAACGAAUCAGUUACUGAUCCGCAGUAUUAUGAUCCCACAACAGAUGACACUCCUCUUGGACCGCCUGAGGAAAAAGUUGCUGUGUACGUGGUCGUGGGAAUUGCAGCAAUCACAUUCACAGGCUUCAUCUUGAUGCUUGUCAUUCUGAAGUUUGGACGCAACUCAAAGUUUGGAAUCAAAGGUCCUUCCUCAGUCAUCAGUAAUGACGAUGACUCUGCCAGUCCUCUUCAUCAUGUGUCCAAUGGCUCUAACACACCCUCGUCCUCUGACAUGAACGCGGACGCCGUCAUCAUUGGCAUGACCAAGAUUCCCGUCAUAGAGAACCCGCAGUACUUCCGCAGCACCAGCAGUCUGCUCAAAUCGGAUACCUUUGUUCAACACAUUAAGAGGCACAACAUUGUACUGAAGAGGGAACUUGGAGAAGGAGCGUUUGGGAAAGUGUUCCUGGCCGAAUGCUACAAUCUGUCCACAGACCAGGAUAAGAUCUUAGUGGCUGUCAAGACAUUGAAAGAGGCCAGCGAGAAUGCCAGGAAGGACUUCCAUCGUGAGGCUGAGUUGUUGACCAAUCUGCAGCAUGAGCACAUUGUCACGUUCUACGGAGUGUGUGUGGAGAGCGAUCCGCUCAUUAUGGUUUUUGAGUACAUGAAGCAUGGCGACCUCAACAAGUUCCUCAGGGCUCAUGGUCCUGAUGCAGUUCUGAUGGCUGACGGACAGGUGCAGCAGCAGGCAGAGCUCACUCAGUCUCAGAUGCUGCAUAUUGCGCAGCAGAUCGCCGCAGGCAUGGUGUAUCUGGCAUCCCAGCACUUUGUUCACAGAGACCUGGCCACACGAAACUGCCUAGUCGGGGAGAAUCUCCUGGUGAAGAUUGGAGACUUUGGAAUGUCCCGAGAUGUCUACAGUACGGAUUACUAUCGGGUUGGAGGUCACACCAUGCUGCCAAUCCGCUGGAUGCCACCAGAAAGUAUCAUGUACAGGAAGUUCACCACAGAGAGUGAUGUCUGGAGUCUGGGAGUGGUGCUGUGGGAAAUCUUUACUUAUGGGAAACAGCCCUGGUACCAACUGUCAAAUAAUGAGGUGAUUGAGUGUAUCACCCAAGGCCGUGUACUGCAGCGACCCCGGACCUGUCCAAAGGAGGUGUAUGACUUGAUGUUGGGAUGCUGGCAGAGAGAACCACACACCCGACUCAACAUUAAAGAGAUCCAUAACCUUCUCCUCAACCUAGCCAAGGCAUCACCGGUGUAUCUGGACAUCCUGGGAUAAGAAAGCAUGUUCUGCGUGUAGGACUGGGAGUGGAUUCCUGAAACUGCCUCCCUCCUCUAUCCCACCCAAAAUCUCUUUCUUCUACAGCUUUAACAACUCCUCCCUUGCCCUUCUCCUCAUCGACUGCUCCUCUUCUCAGUGUAAAUGUCUAAAUACUUUGGCAACAGGAUUGUGUCCAGUGACUAUGAAUUAUGUACUUCUUAACAAAAAACGGAUUGUAUGGAAGAGCCGUACUCAAGUGACUAUAAUUUUGCUUACGGAGAACAAAAUCCCCAAUGGUUGACCAUCCUAAACUUCUGGACCAAGUUCACACCUGCAAAUUCCAGUUCAGUGAAUAAAUGCAUUGGGGACUUGAGGAAGGGCGUCCAUCUUAACAAAGAGGAAAUGACCUCUGAAAAAUGACCAAACGCAAAUGAGAAGAGAAAUAAACAACUUUUCUUCCCACUAGACAAAUUUGGUCCUUUCAGCUCCCAUUUGUUACGUCAUACAUCCGAUACAAAGCACAGAACGUGAAACUAGCAUGGUGAUCAACAGUGACAAACUGCAACUAUAUCUAUAUGUAUACAUGUGUGUUUAUAGAACUGGACAUUACCAACAUAGUUUCGCAGUUGAGCGACUAAUUAAAUGCUUCUGGACGCUGACAGGAUGUUGUUGCUGCCGAGCUAAUCUGAAAUGCAAAGUAUCCCAAUAAAAUGUGUUUCACUGUUAUUUAUAGUGGGACAUGUAUCCAGUGCUUUUGCCAUGGCCGAUUUUGUCCCAACACUUUAUGAAAUAGUUUUGCAGCAGGGUUAUGUCCAGUGCAGUGAAUACGUCUCCAGUUGUCGAGCAGGGGUUUACAUUUUGAGUAGCGAUCCUUUGGUGGAAUUAGAUAUGAUGUAUGAUUUUUGGACAUUUUUAAUCAAUGUCAUUUUUCACAUUUCAGUUCUGACUUGGAAACGAGCAGAUGCUCCACUGCUGACCUGAUUUCCAGAUCGAUGCUUCAUAUUUGUAAGAUCAUGUUAAAUUAUUUGUGCUUAACCUUAUUAAUAUUCAUAAGCUAAGCCUUCGCCACUUUGUGAUGUCACAACCAGUGUGUCUGUUUUCCGCCCCUGUGCCCUCCACCAAAAUCAUAGGUCUGUACACGACGUGCACCAUGAAGGGCUAGAUGGAGUCAUUUGAGACGAGGCCAUGCCUCAAUACCAUCAGCUUGCAUUUCUUAAAGGAGCUUAAUUACGCAGAGUGGCCGAUUAUGAUGGUGUGGGCUGAAUUACGACCUUUCUUUCUCUCUUUCUUGUUCGCCAUGUUUUACUACUGAGUUGAAGCACUAAUGUAGUACUCAAGCUUCGGGUCGUACAACUGCUAUAGUGUAAUAUAUAUUUCAUUACAGGACAAAUGUCUCCUAUUAGCAGCAACUCCCUCUAGACUCAUAUACGCUAUCAGUGGGGAGAAGAGGAGAGACGGGAGGGGACAGGAUGGAGGGAAUGAGACGAGGGGAGGAAAAUAGUGUUAAAGAGAGAUAAACAUGAGUCACCUCACUACAACCCACAUUUCUUCUUCCUUUUAUCAUAUAUAAAUAAUCAUAUCUAUCACUAUAGAGAUCCUAUCAAAGCAUCCUUUUUGUGUGCGUUGAUUAUUGCUCUGUAAAUCUCCCAUAGAAGACUUUGCACACUGUACUAGAUGAUGUGAAUCAGUCAAACAAAUUCAUUUUGUGAGCGUAAAAUCCAAAAAAUAGUUUGUAACGUUUAAUUUUAUAUCUAAUUUAUUUUGUACUUAAUGUGAAGCACUUUUGUGUUCAACUGUAAAUGAUUUUAUUUAUGUAAAAAUAAUUAUUAUUGAUAUUAUAUUUCAUAUUUGGUUGAGAGUGAAUGUAGAGGUGGUUUCUGGGUUUAAGGGUUGUGGAAUGGGAUGUAUUGAUGAAAAAAAAUUAUAGAAAGAUUACUUAUUUUGGGGUGAACAUUGAGAAAACUCUACAUUAAAGAUUACAAUGACUACAAAAACAAUGAAGCCUAAUGUUGGAUUGUGACCAUUUUUCAUGAUCAUUAAGAACAUUUUCUCAAAUGCUUAUUAACAUAACAUUUUUUUUCUGUUGAAUUUUUGUAAUGCUGUUUUUUUUUUUUUUUUUUUUUUACUGAAGAACAAUGUUUUUAAUUUAAAUUAGCAUUUCAUUUAAAACAGUACAACAAACUACCAUGAAGUAUGAAUAUUGAAGUGUAUAUGUACAUGGAAAUGUGGUAAAAUCUGCUUAAUUGUCAUGGAAAUAAUGCCACAUUGAGGUCAUUCAAACAGAUGAAAAAAUAUGUUUGAGAUAUCAAUAUGGAGGAGUUUUUUAGAUUAGUCUUGCCUUACGGAAAAAUCUCCAAGCGUCCUGCGACAGAACAAUAAACUGUGACUGCAUAUCAAAUACUGUCUUCUAUAUGUACAGAUGUUUCAGAAUGUCUAUAAGCUAAACUAGUCCAAAAUUAAACCACCUGACAAGUAAAGUCAACAUGGCAGCAAAAUUGAUCUGCUUUACUUCCUUAAACUUUCCUAGUCUGAAACAUCGUUCCUUUUCUGUUCACUAGUUUACAGAAGUAAAAUGAUUUGCGAAGGCUGUUUCAUGUUGACUUUGAAUCCAACAUUCCUAAGACACUUCCCCCCCCCCCAGUAUACUUUUCUUGAUAGUUUUUUAAUGAUACAUGCCUACUGACACCUGGAAAGAAGAUUUCUGCUAAAAGUAUCAAGUCGUGUGUGAUAAUUUCAUUUAUGGAAUUAGACAUUUUAACACUCAGCUACAAAAGUACAAUCAAAUGUCUUUGUCUGUAUGAUUUCUCUGAGGUAUAUGGACUAGUCAAGUUGUCCGCCAUUGUAUUUAUUAAAAGUGUAAUGUCUUACCUCA